AUGCAGCAAGGCAAGAGUCUGGGCUGCGGCUCUGAUAACGCGGACCUUUAUAAGUCGGAAGAGCUGCGGACCGACUUCACAGUGCUGAUACCGAGUAACACCUACAAGAGCCACAUUGACGGCAGUGACCUCUACAGCCAGGACAACAAUCACAGCAAAAACCCAGUGGCUGAAGAGAUGCACCGUAAGCUGCACAUGGAGUCGGAGCGGCUCCGCAGCCGCCUGCGCCAGGAGCUGGCUGAGCUGAGAGAGAGACUGGCCUCAUCUGUCCGCCUCGACUCCUCUUUGGCCAGUGUGAGGCAGCGCCUGGCUCCUCUCACCCACCAGCUCCAGAGCUCCCUCAGGAGCAACACCGACAGCCUGUGUGGCCAUCUGAGGCACCGUCUGCAGGGUCUGGAGGCGGCAGACGUCCAGGCCGAGGCCGGUUCAUCUGUCUAUGGAGAGGCGUUGACUUGGAUGAGCCAAGCUCUGCAGCAGAGCAGCGCCCAGCUGGCUGACAUCCUCAGAGACUUUCAGACCAAGACCACUGGCCUGACGGAGCAGCUGAAGGACAGCAGCGAGGGAGAACUCUUGGAGGAGUUCAGCUUCAGGCUGCAGCAGAGGUUGAGCUCGGUGAAGUCGGAGGCCGAGGACAGGGCGGAGCGUCUGAAGACUCAGCUUCAGGCUGGACUGCCUGUGAAAGCCGCGGCAAGUGUGGAGGACUUCUGCCAAGCUGCUUCCCUGCACAGCCAAACGCUGGCGGGGCAAAUGGACAGCCUCUUCCUGGGUCUGGAGGAGGACUUAAACCUGCCCCCCUUUUCUCAACAGUCAAGUGGAUCCUUACAGGAGGACUUCUCUCAAAAACUCUCCGCCCUCAUCCAGGACAUUCUGCACUCUGUGCAGUGA